AUGGGUAAGCCUAACCGUCACGUAUUCGAACGAUGGCAUAUCGCCAUUUGCACUAUGGUAUUUGGCUUACAAGGGAUGCCCAUCAUCCCAUGGCGUGCCAGAAAUCAAAGCGCAAAAUUCGAUAUGCCAGCAGGGCAUUCCAGGGUGAAUCAAAUUCCGGAGUUCAAAGUUCAAGAAAAUCCACAUGACCGUGACUGUUGGUUAUCCGUUCGACAACUGAACGUAAUUCGCCGAAUUUGUGAAUUUGAGAACUUUGAACUUGAUUUUUUUGAGGCGUUCUUCGCUCCUCGGUCUGUAGAAUGGUGGACGCGAGCCAAAAAUGAGAUGCGUUACGUUGUCUCCAGUGAAGAAGGCGAUAUCGAUUGGUGGGAAGAAGACAGUGAAAGCGAAUUGGCUGAGGUGCCACCGAAGCCUCUAUCCUUUCUUUGGAUCAAGGAACGUCGGGAAAUGUUGCGAUUUGAUGCGAAGUUACCGUCACUGCUUCCAUCACCGUCGAUGCAUCAAAUUCGUAAGGGACUCUCCCGAUUCCCUCCACCGAGACAAUCACAUAAUGUGUGCAGUGGCGUCAAAAAGCUUUCCGUGCUGCUUGAGAACCAAGUGUCGACGUGGGUAUCAGUGACGGCUAAAGGAGAAGACAUAGCAAAAUAUGUGGACCUUCGUGGACCAGUACCUGGCAUCGCUGGCCUACAGCCGAUCUGUCCGACAAUCGAUCUGAGAGAAGUAUCACCGAUUCUGGGGAUGCAUCAUCUGCCAGCAUUUGCAUUGAGCGAUCAGUUUCUGUUCUACAAACCAGAAAAGGCUCUGACUGAUGCUUUGAAGUCACUGGGAAACGAACGGGAUUCGAUAGAACAUGUAGCUGCUCGGCUACACACGGCAACCUCUGGUUCGGAAAAUGGGUGA